AUGUACUGUUAUGUGUUUGUGAUAGUGAUACUUUGUGGAUUAUCCCGCCAACAAAAUGAUAUUCAAGUUCAAGGGCCGAACAACCGGAGUAGUCAAAAUGACCAACAUCAAGACCAGAAUAAUAGUCAAAAUGCCCAACUACAAAUAGUGCAUAAUGGAACAGAAAAUUCGACGAAAGCUAUUUUUGGGGAAGAUAUGAAAGCUACAUACAUGUAUGUCGGAAUUGGCGUCGCCGGUUUGCUGAUCUUGUUAGCGAUACAGACUUUCUUUUUUUGGCACUACAAAGUGAAAUUACGCCGUGUCAAUGAGAUUGCGAAUAACUUGUUGAAUGUAGCAAAUAAUGGAGCAAACGAUACAGCGCGAUACAGCAAGCAUCCUAUUAAAGAGAAGACAAAGAAAAUAAAUCAUAGAAUUGAUGACGAUACAAACGAGUAUGAAUGUCUGGCAGACAUACAGAGACCACCAACUCCUCCAUCACUUGAUUCGUUACCAAGAAAACCCUUGUCGGUGACUCCUUCGCCAACUUUAACGAGCCAAAAGAAAGAAGCCAGAGACCAAAACUCAAUAAAAAAUCGAGGACGUAUUCCGCUUCCACACGAACUACCGGAACUUGGUAAAAAUAUGAAUUCGUUACCUACAAGGAAGAAACCAAAGAUACCGCUACCUUAUGAAUCUAUGCCAAUGGUAACGACACUGCCAUCGAAAUUAAAAUCUACGAAACCAACCGUUCCGGUGUUGAUAGCCACCACCGCAUUCAAUGAUCCACCUAACAAUGAAUUGAUGGCAAAAUUAAAGAAGAGAGCUGAGAAGAAUGCACUAUUGGAGGAAAGUAAUCGUUCUCCGAUACAAACGAAUACUUCAGGAUCACAACGACCUUUAAAAUUCAAGCCAAAACCUACUCCACCGCCGCCGCCUGUAAGACAAACUCAUUACGAAGAUCCACAGAAUUACGAUCCAAGAGAUUCGACUUCUUCAGACAGCGAGUGGACGAUGGAACCUCUCCGACCGUACAAUAUUUAUAAUAUU